AUUUACCUAUAAAAUGUAAGGAAAACUAAUAGUGCAAACACUAUAUUCUUCCCUGUGAUAAUGUCUUUACAGCCUUUAUUGAUAAUUUGUGUCCAAGCCUGUUUCAUCCAGGCAACUUUUAGCCAAUGCACAGGCCUAGCGCCGGCUCUAGGACGUGCUUAUCCUGGAGGAUAUUUCGGAGGUCUUGGCUUUGGUAACAUUUUAGGCUAUGGUAACUGCGGCUUCGGCGUCGGCUUACCUAUUAGCUACCCGAACAUAGGUCCAUCGUGGGCUGGUUUGGCACCAUUCAUUCCAGGGCCAAUGGCAAGCACGUACGGCGGUGUUGGAAAUGGUGUGAUCAGAGUAACCGGAGAGUUGCCAGUAGCUGGCACGACUAUAGUAACCGGGCAGGUGCCUAUCAUCGGUUCAGUGCAGUUUACUGGCAGUAUGCCAGCCGCAGGCACGGUGAUCAUCGCCGGCAGCUGCGGUUGCGGCCGCGGCUGUGGUUGCAAGGGUUACGUUUAUUAGUUCUUUAAAUGCUGUUUUUAUAAAUAAAUUGUUGAUAGUA